UUUUUUUUCUAAUUAAUAAAAUGUAAGGACGUAUUGUAAAAUAAUAAAACAUUUCAAUUAAAUCAAUAAAGUUUAUUGUAUAUUAUUUGUAUAAGAAUUAGUAAGAAAAGGAUAUAAUUUUUUCAGAGAUAAUGAAGAACUUCUCCAUUUACGGUAUUUUUAGAUAGCAAAAUUAAAAAUCUAUUAGUUUUUAGACAUGCUUCUCUGUACAAAUUUAGACUUAUGAGUUUUUAAAAUGACGGUGUCCCUAAUUUCUCCAUAUUAACAGAAGUCGUGCUCUCGACUGGUGACUUGUCUAUUUAUCUGGUAGCAAACCUAAAAAUUGUUUCUUUUAUCCAUCCCACUCUUCUUACUCGAAAUCAUGUUAUUAAGCAUUUAUAUAUACAUGUUCGUUUUUACUAGCCCAGUACUGUUGACGACUCUUUAUCCUUUCUUCUUGAUAUGCUUUCAUAUUGUAAACCUAAAAAUCUUUAACAAAUGUCUGCAUAAUUCCAUUAUUGGCCUAUUAUUUAUGCCAUUCUUCAAAAAGAUAAAUCAUUUGGUAAAUUAUAAAGUCUUUCCUACUUCAUAUGAACCAGAACAAUAGUUAUAUGAUUAGUCAUUGACUCAAUAAUAUAUUGAAAUCAUUUUUCUUAAAAAGGUCUUCCGAUAUAGUUUUCAAUGUUGUGAACCUAUUUAUUUUAUCUUAAAAACCAAAAUACGUAUUUUUUUUAUGAAUCUGAAAC